AUGAGCAAGAGAGGUGUAGAGAAAAGAAUGGUCUUCGAGAACAAAAACGGAGUAUGGCAGCUUGUCCGUAGCGUCCCGACCAGCACCGGAUCUCGUGUCACAAUUGUUGCCGCAGACUGUUACAGUGAUGACACCAUCAUAUGCGAGUCUGGACUACUCUGUCCUUCAACCUAUUGGCUGGAGGAUGGAGAGGGAAAACAAACCCUGCUUUACGCCGAGAAACCUGCCUUUGAUGCUAGCGAGUUUAUUCUUCGCCAGAUGACAACUAACAGCGAAGAUGGCACCGAAAUUGAUUACCUCGUGUUAUCUCCCAGAGUCCCAAAGCAUGAACAGGGCAAAGCCCCUGUCCUUAUGACUGGGUAUGGUGCAUAUGGUAUCUCAAUGCCUGUGUCGUACCUUAACUCUAUGUUGGGAGGGGUUUCUCUUGUCCCAUGGCUCAACAGUGGUGGCUCUCUCGUCAUCCCAUUCAUACGGGGCGGUGGAGAGAGAGGCGAGGUUUGGCACCAAGCUGCAAGACAGGAGAAGCGUCAGAAGUCAUACGAUGAUUUUAUUGCGGUCGCAGAGACCAUUGUCAGAGAUGGUUUCACCACACCGAAGCACCUCGGUGUUUACGGUUCGUCCAGUGGUGGCCUCCUCUCUGCCAUAAUGUGCAUUCAACGCCCCAAACUUUUCGGCGCUGUCGUGAGCGAUGUCCCAAUCACCGAUAUGUUGAGGUAUACCUUAAUGGGCAUGGGCGGCGCUUGGAUAUACGAACACGGUGAUCCCAAGGAUCCGGAAAUGGCCAAAGUACUAAGAGCAUACUCACCAUUUCACAACAUCCAAAAUGGGGUGAACUAUCCCCCCUGCCUUGUCACGAUUUCAACCAAUGAUGAUAGGGUCGGCCCCGGCCAUGGGAGGAAGUUUGCCGCGAAGAUGAAAGAUGCAGGUGCGUCGAACUUUUAUUUCUUUGAAGAUGAUAGUGGCGGCCACUCUGUUAGUGAUUCUUUCAAAAACACCAAACUACUGGUUAGGCGGCUCGUUUUCUUCAUCGACACGCUUCAAUAA